ACUGCCCCGGGUUUUCCUGCCCGUCCGGUCCCGUCCCAUGGCAGCGAUGGGGCCGGGCCCGGAGGGCGCAGCCCGGGGACCCCGGCCCGGUAUCGGUUCUGCUUUCGGGGGAGGCGGCGAUUUCGCAGUAACGGGGGGCGGGUGCCACCUGCCCCGGGGAUUCCCCACCUGCCGCCGCCCCAUAAGAGCCCGGUGGUGGCGCCGGUGGCGGCACCGACCCGCGAUGGAGCCGCUCCGACGCCUCUGCCUCUGCCUCUGCCUCCCGCUGCUGCUGCCGCCGCCCGCGGCCCCAGCCCCGGUACCGGGCCCCGGCCCCAACUGGGCCGCCUGCAGGAGCCUCUCUCGGGAGCUGUCGGGGCUGGUGGCGACCCUCGAAGAGCCCCACGGGGUCCUGGAGGAAACGCACCUGAGCGAGGAGGACCCCAAGAAUUGGCCCCCCCGGAUCCGCUGCAGCGACGCCUGCGACCCCUCCAAUCUGGACACCAACAACACGCGCUGCCUGCACCGCAUCCUCCAGGGGCUGCAGCACUACCGGGACCUGCUGAGCUCCGACAUCUUCACCGCCCGCCGCCUGCCCCCGCUGGAGGCCGCGCUGGAGCAGCUCCUGGGGCUGGUGCAGGAGGAACCCGCCCGCCCGGCCCCGCGCCCCAUGGCCCGCAGCGAGCCCUGGGCUCAGCCGCUCCUGCAGCGCCUGGCGCUCCAGCGGCUCCAGUCCUUCAGCACCAUCAUGAGCCGCGUCUUCACCCACAGCGCCGAGCCCCGCUGAGCCCGGGACCCCCCCGCCUAUUUAUCCCCCUCCGGAGGGGUUAUUUAUGCGCCGUCGGGCGCUAUUUAU